GCUAGAGGAGCCAAUAUAGAGGAAUAUAUCUCUGAUCUUGACAAGAAAUUUCCUGCACUUGGGAAUGUGGAUUUAUUGAACAUUUUCUACUUUUUUGGUGUCGCUUGGCGUCUGUGAACAAAGACGGACGAGACGGUAGAUCCGGUAGAUGGUAAAUGUAACGGCAUUUAGGGUACACAGAGUUUAAAUUUUAGGCUGCGUCGGCUGCGUAUAUCUUGUAAAAGUGCGGCAAAAAUCAGAGAACCUAACCUCAAAUACAUCGGUUUGUUUUGCAAAGGAAAAGCAAUGUCCCCGUCAUGAAAAAUCAUGAAAUACAUUAAAAUUCUGCAGUAAAAUUUAUCAGUGCCUAUGCUAAAGUAGCCAUGAGUGAUAGUGGGAGCUCCAGAAAACGACGUCAAAUCAGAAGGAGUCAGAGUUUACUGGACAAGACUCAAAGUCCUAAGCCACAAUCUCCAUCACGUGAUUCCCGUGCCUUUGAGCGUCAGAAUUGCUCAACACCUGUGAGUUCGCAGUCAAGGGAGGAAAGCAGCCACCUUUCACCUUACUGCGAAUCCUCGCCGAUUUUCACAUUGUGCCAGGAUCUCUAUCGGAAGACAGAUGUUGCUUGGAAAUGGGACAGCCCAAAGCAGAGUCCUUUGUCCAAGAGAAGGGUGGAGAAGAGGGUAAUCUUGCCGAAAAAGAAGGAACCAUCCCAAGAAGGGAGAACACUGAGGUCACAUAGUUUUAGCAAGAGCAUCCGGAAGCCGCCCAAGGAGGAAGCCAAAACUGGAUUUUAUAAAUUCAAAGAAGAACUCCUUUCACUCGGUAAUUUAGUUAAUUCAGAUACUCCCAGUGGAUCACCUACAAUUGAGGUAGAGGAGAAAUCUGGGACUUCAAAAGUGGAAACCACAGAUGAUAUGCUCAAGUUUGUUCUGGAGGAUUCGGAUACCUUCUGCCUCAAUGGUGAGAAGACCGUAGAGGUGGCACAAAACAUUCCUGAACCAUCUGCCGCCAAUGCAAACCCUGACAGGGAUUUUCUCUUCGAUGACUCGGCUGUAGAUAGGGCUCUGUGCGCUAUUGAUGAUCCGAGUCAGUCAGAAGUCAAGUCCAAGCCAAACGAAGAGAUUCCUGUGAUCGGUUCUGGUUCUGAGAAGAACACUGCAAGAACUGAAUCUGAGGAAUUUUACUCAGCCGUGGAGGAAGAAUUUAGGAGUCUGGAUGAACAUAUGAAAACAGCGAAAUAUUCUCAAGUUCCCAAGGCGCCCCCAAAUCGAGAUGAAGACCUAAAGAUUCUCAUUGAUGAUUCUUUCGAUGAGAUUCUGUCGCAAAUGCCACUUGAUGGGCCAAGUACCAGCCGCAACACUAGCUUCGGGAGGCACAAUACAAUGCCGGAGCAAAAACAGACGCAGCCCAAGGUGGAGAGAAGUGCAGCGAAGGGUAUCUCCAGGUAUGACAGUAUGCCUGCGAAUCCUACACUGAAGAAGGAAGAGCCUCUGUCAAGAAAUGCAAGCAAUGAUUCCGUGUCUUCAUCCUCUUCCACUGGAAAGUGCUCCAUGAAAGAAAUUCAACAGAAACGGUAUGAAGCUCGUUUAAGAUUGAUUAAUUUCAAGGCGCAGCAGAGGAAUCUCAAUAGAAAAUGAAUUUUCCGAUGCACUCAAUUAAAAAAAAAAUGAUGUGCAUAUACAAACAUUUCUUCCUGAAGAUAAAAGCCACCUACAACAAACAGGUAUUUUUCAACUUUGAAUUUUGUAAUACAUUUAUAUUUAAUUUUUGCAUUUGAGAAAUAUUAAAGGAUAAUAUCGAUGAUGCAAA